CUCUGCUAAGAUGGCAGCAUAACUUCAUAGCUCCAUAAACUAGUUUGCAAUAUAUAACAAAAUGGAGCAUAUAGCAGUAAAAUAUGCGGAUUUGGGACUGAUGACCUAACACCAGAUUGCCCAGAGAGUCAUUUUAAGCUGAUAGAGCACUAUACAAGGCGCAGGCUGACAGCUAACAAGCUCAUUGAGAGAACAGACGGCGGACGCCAUUAUGAAAACAGCGUAACACAUACAUUGGGCACCGAGCUUCCAGGAGAAUGGUACGGCAUAGAAGCUAACAACAUAUGGUCUGGAUAAGUUUGCUGACCAAGUGCAGGAUCCCAUACAUCGUCGGACCAAAAACUACCUUAGAGGGAAGAGACAUAGCAAGCAUAGAGGCCCCAGAUCUACCCACGUGGCUCUACAGGUCAGCCUCGCAAGUAACAGCAUAGAAGAAAGUAAGGAUCCUAUAACAACACCUAUGCAGGGUAAUCAGCACCAGUAACGAAUAAGCCCUCACAUUAUGGAGCUGGAGAUCUCUCUCUGGAGAGCACUAUGUGCUCAGCUUGACGGCUACCAGGCGGACUUAGUGGACACGCUACAUACCAUAGUUACAUCCUCCUCCAUUACAGGUCCCAUCGCGGUCCUCCAUGCUAACAGCUCCGACGCCCUACCCGAUGCUCUGGAUGAGUACUGCUAUGGACCAUCUGCUGCGAGCUGUAAAACUCCUGCUAAGUCCGCUCUACAAAGAGAGCAGGAACCUUAUGAAACUCUGCAGCACAUGGUUCCAGUAAUCAUAGAAGGCCUGCAGCCCGAACACCGUGCAGAUUUACCCAUAGGCUGUGAGAUGCAGCAACAGGAUGUGGGAACUUGCGGCUCUCAAACACCUCUUGCAGAUAGUAACAGAAGCCCGCGGUCUGAGAGGGGGAGAGCUAAUUGGAAGACUACAUGGGAAAACCUACAUCAAAGAUCACAGCCACUAUCCCAUUAUAACUGGGCCCUUUGGAACCCGACAAUUACAGAACUGAUACCACAUCACCUUAGGUCUCAUAGAGGGUCACCUCAAAUGCUGGGAAGCAUUGACCACAAGCUUAAUCAAGACUCAGUGAAAAUAGGAGUUGGGAAAAUCACCCCUGACCCCCAGACAGUGAUUGUUCAACUAUGGCUUCAACUAAAAUUACACAAACGACAUUACCAACUACCACUACUACAAACACAUGUCCAUGCAAUGAUUGUCCAUACAUUGCACAUAUUAUAAAUCUCUGUCCACCUUGUGAUUGCUCAAAUCCAUCAACUUUUGCAACAACCACUUUAUCACCCAAUACUACUUCAACUAAAAUUACAAAAACGACAUUACCAGCUACCACUACUCCAUCAACAACAUUCACGACAGCCACUUUACCACCGACUACUACUGCAUCAACUUUUCCAACAACUACUUUACCACCCACUACUACUACAACCACAUGCCCAUGCAAUGAUUGUCCCUUUAUUGCAUUUAUUAUAAAUCUCUGUCCUCCGUGUGAUUGCUCAACUCCUACUACAACUUUAACGACAACCACAUUACCAACUGACACUAUUUCAACUACAAUGCUCACAACAACCAUGUUACCAACUACUCCUACUUACACAACUGCUCUGACCACAAGAAUUAGUACUACCAUGAUUUCCUCUAUGAGUCCUACUACUAACAGAACUACUUCAAUCUCUACACCAAUCUCAAUAACAGUCAGUAAUAUCCCUACCACAAGAACCUUCACUACUAGUUCAUAUAUUACCACUAUAACCCCAAACAUUAGUAACUUCACUACUGAUCUAACCACUAUUCUGACAGAAGGUAUCUCUACUGAUCCUACCACAAGCAAAACCACUUUAACCUCCACAGAAAUAUCAACAGCAAAUUCUACCAAUACUACCCCAAACAUCAGCAUCUCCAGUACAAAUCCAACCACAACCAGCCAGAUGACUUUACUUUCUAGCUCUUCCACCAACAGAACUACUUUAAUCUCUACAACUAUACCAACAACUACCAGUAAUAUUCCUACCACUAGCAUCUCCACUAGUUCAAAUAUUACCAAUAGUACCCAGAACAUCAGUUUCACCACUACAAGUAUCACUACCGCUAGCCUGACCUCAAGUACCUCCACUACUAGUACUAACAUCAACAGAACCAAUUUUGUGUCCACAACUAUGCCAAAGACAAAUACUACACCUAACAUAAGUAUCCUCAGCACUAAUUCAGGCAUUACCAAAACUAACCAAAACAUCACUAUCUUCACUACUAGUUUGACUCCCACUAAUCUGACAACAGGUAUCUCCACCACUAGUCUAGCAACGACUAGUCUGACUCAAGAUAUCUCUGCUAAAACUAAUAGUACUUUUUCAAGCUCCACAACUAUGCCAACAACAAGUAUUACCUCUACCACAAGUAUCUUUACUGCUAGCUAAAACAUUACUAAUGCCAGCCCAUAUAUUUCUACUACUAGUUUGACCACCAAUAUAUCCACUACUAGUCAGACCAUGACUAGUGUAACCACAGGUAUGUCUUUUUCUAGUCUAACCACCAACAGAACCACUUUGAUUUCCACCACUAUACCAACAACAAAGAGUGCUACCACUAACACAAGUAACUCCACCACUACCACCUAUCCAAACAUAAGUGUAAUUUCUACUAGCACCAUUCCAAAUAUAAGUACUCCCACUACCAGCAUUACUUCAAUCACAAGUAUCUUCACAAAAACUAGUACUCCUUUAAUAACAAAUACUACCAUCUCUAGUGUGACUUCAAACACAGUUUUCACCACAAACAGUAACAUCCCUAACACAAAUAAAACAAUAACCCUUACUACCCAGAAUGUAGAUUCUACCAUCAGUGCCACUUGGACUACUAGAACCAGAAUAAGCACAAAUACAGUCACAAAUCCGAGUACCACCACGGUUACAAUGACACCAACCAAAGGAAACACCUCCACUACUAAAUCUACACUUGACACUAGUUCCACCUCUGCUAAAAUAACACCACAAAUAAUAACCUCUACCACCAGUAACACCCCUAAAGCGGAUUCUACACAAACUUUGAGUAUAACCACCACUACUGAAAGCUCACCCAUAAGUACCAGUAAAACAAAGACCUCCAUUUCUAUUAUCAGUACUAUCUUGGCCACAAGAAUAACCUUAGGAAACACCACUUCUAUGAGCACCAUCAUCACAGCCACAAAGACAUCUGAGAAUCUUCCACCCUCUUCCAUCAUUGUGAUCUCUGUGUCUUCCAUUGUUGUCCUUUGUCUGCUGUUGGCUGGAAUUAGCACAAUAAUAUGUUUGUUAAAGAGAAAAUUUUCAGCCACUUUGGUAAAGUCACAAAACCCAUAUCGAUUUUACAGAGGGAAGAACCCAAAUGAAGGAAAUACUCAAUCCAUGGAUUUAUAAUUUCUACAAAUGUCUAGUUUUAGCAAUUAUGUAGUAAUUUCAAAACUUCAAGAAUUAAAUCAGUUUUUUUUUUAAAUAUUCAACUUAAUGGUAAUAAUAAAGGACAUCCUUGUGAUGCCAGUUAUCAAUUAUAAAUUUGAUCUACUGUUUAUAUAUAUAUUUUGAUGAAGAAUCUUUUAGACAGCAAGGAUCUUCUGGAUAAAUAAAUAUGUAAUCUUGGUCAGAUAUGAAGACCAAACUGCAAA